UGUAACUCAGCAGAAAAGAUUUAGGUAUUAACGCAUUAACUAUAAGUCUAAAGCAAAAGUAGAUGCAGUAAGGUGCCCUCUGUCUUCCUCCUCUCUCUCUCUCUCUCCAUCUCCUUGUUGUGCCCUGUGACAAAGAAGAGAGAAGAUGUCACCUCAAUUGGCAUUAACCCACUCUUCUCUUAUCCGUCUUCCUUCCUCUCCUGCAUCUCUUGGUUUUGGAAGGAAUAAAGAUUCGAUUCCAGAAAGAGGCAUUAUAAUCAACAGGACAAAGAAUCAUACCAUGACAGCCUUUGCAGGCAAUGCUCUUCGUAAUUCAGCUAUCCAACUCCCUAGUUUUUCAUCUCCUCUAUCUUCUGAUAAAGAAGCUCGCCUCUCACUCAGACCUCUUAUGUCUCAAAGAUGCAAUUCUAAGUUCUGUGGACAAGCAUAUAUAUAUCAUUCGUCUGGUUUCCGAAUCCCAGCAAAUGCUGAGAAGCCAGAAUGGUGGUGGAGAGCUUUAUCCUGUAUUCCCUACCUAAUAGCAUUGCAGAUGUCUGCAACUGGGUUUUAUCUAGAACCUAUCAUUCAAAAAUUUCCAUUCUUUCAGAAUUUGAUUUUCUACAUCCCAGGAGGUGUCAAUCGAUUACCAAUCUGGUUUCCCAUGUUAUACUGCUAUCUGGCUAUUGUAGGAGUGGUGAAAAACAGGGACUUACCCCUUAUCUUCAGAUUCCAUGUAAUGACAGGAAUGCUGCUGGAACUUGCUCUUCAGAUAGUGUACAUUUCAAGCAACUUCAUGCCACUUAUACACUUCCCAGGGGGCACAUUGGGGUCAUAUUACUGGGCUGGUGUUGCAUUGGCAUUUAUUUUUAUAAUGAUAAAGUGCAUAAGGUGUGCACUUCUGGGAACAUUUGUGAGCAUCCCUUUGGUCAGUGAAUCAGCUUUCAUUCAUUCUCUAUUUGGUUUAGGAGGAUUACAACGGCCUUUUUAGGAUGUUUUGAUCAAGAGUAAAUGUAACAGUUUAAUCAACGGUUCUCUAUAUUUCUUGUAGUUGAUUUUUAUUGUUGCCUUGAGUAGAAGUAAAUGAUAAUGUCUUUUUUUUUUUGUUUAA